UUGGUCGCUGUAGAGGCGGCGGGUACAUGAAACAAGUUAGGGAGAGUCACUGACAUUUCUGUUAUGUGGUUAAAUCGGAUAACUAUUAUUGUCCGAGCCGAAGACGUCUUUAAAGUUGAAUUACACUCUGAGGAGAAUGUAAAACAGACGGGAAUCUGAUAAUGGACGCGGUGCGGUGCAGUGUGGAGUGUUUAUCUGAGUUCAGUGAGUGUCAGUCACACUCGCUGCGGCUCAUUCAGGACACCACGAAUGUUUUCUUGACCAGCGGAGACAGAGAUGUGCUCAUACUUAAUGUUCACGAGAGGAGAGUCACGACCGUGAUGCAGUUUGAAGCUUCAGUGUUAAAUCUGGCACUAAGUGACGAUAAACAUCAACUUUAUGCACUUUGCGCAAACGGUGGGCUUUACUGCACCCCUCUACCACCACAGCUCAGUUCUUCCUCUGUCCUGGUGAACAAAAGUCUUGACAGUGUGCUGUAUACUGUACCAGGUGAUUGCAUGGUCCUGAAAAAUGCAGAUCUGCAAGCGUUCACCAUAGUCGAGAAGAUCCUUGUGACUCUUAGCCUUCACAAAUCCAUCUGGAGUUUUGAUCUCUAUGAAGAGCCUGGAUCCAGACCCCUUUGUAAACUUGCAAGAUUCCAGGUUAUGACUCAAAACACAUGCUGCUUAAACAUACCAGACAAAGAAAAAAUUGCGAGCUCACCUCCAGUACUGACUUGCAUCUAUCCCGAAGGCUCCCCAUCAGUCAGCACUCACCAGUCUGACCUCCAUCCUCACCUUGAGCCUCAUCUCUUCAGGCUCUUAUUUGGAGUGGACGCCUCUUUAGUCAAAUCUCCAGUCAUUCUGUGUGGUUUACCUGAUGGACGCAUUUGCUGCUUUCCUUUGCUCGUCCCCACCCUGGCUGGUCCUACAGGAGAACAGAGAUCUCCAGUCAGAGUCCUCCAGAGCUUAGAGCAGCCAGUCAUAUUUAUUGGAACCUGCGUCUCUGGAGAACACGGACCUCAGUGUCUUGUUGCAGUUGGUCAAAGAGGCAAACUUCUGAUUGUCAGAAGCAAACAAGCAACCUUGGAAGGAAAAAAGGCAGAUUAUUGCUUCAAUGAGCAUAGUGUACGAGGACCAGUGCUGUGUGCCUGUGUUGAUGAUAAGUGGCUGUACUACAGCUCUCUCAAUGACCUACAUGCUCUUCAGCUCACCACAACAUCAUCUUCAUCAGAAGCAACAGGAACUGAGUCCCAUGUGCAAGCUCUGACUUCAGACAGUCUUGGUGUAUGCAGGGUUAUAGCACUUGUUGGGCCAUAUAGAAACUCCACAGGAUCUGUGCAGCUUUUGGCAGUAUCUCUGAGUGGAAGACUGCUUCGAGUGAAUCUUCCUCAAGGAUAUGAAAAAGGAAACGUGCAGAGGUUGCCCUCUUCUCUGGCAGGCCAGAGAGUGAAGGACCUCCUGGCUUCCAUUGGAAACAUCUGGGAGAGGGCAGAAUCCUUGAAACACAAGCUUCAGGACAAAAACGAGUCUCUCAAACGUCUUAAUCAAGUCAUAAAUGUUUGCAGCCUGUUGUUGGAUGUUCAUGGGAAUGAAAAUGAGUGUAAUACAGGCACCAAACAUCCAAUCAGCUGUCGUGGUGUAGCCAGAUGGAGCUCACUGCUCCAAAGAGACUCUUUGACUCUCACAUGUGUGCUUGAAAAUUCAAGUGGAUGUAUAUUGGAACAUGGCUGGACUUUGUGCAUUCAGGUCCACCCAUUAUCCAAGGGUCCAAAUAUGGAGGGCUCAUCUAGGACAUACUCAUUCCCAUUCAAGAAACUGGAUUCUGGUCAGAAACUGGAUGUCACCAUCCCUCUUGAAAGCACUGGUGGGCUGUCUCUACCAGUGAAGGUCUACUGUUCUCUCGUCUUCUCCCUGUCUACUCUGUUUAGUCCUGAAACAUCUUCGCCUGGUGUUUCCCAGCUCAUAACGGAGACGGGCUGCAUCAGUGCGCCCCUAAGUACUUUAACAGUGGACUGGCUUGAUGCUUUAAGGCUAGAGGGAUCAUUUUCUCAUGGUAACAUCAGACACGACACCGUCACGGAUGGCAUCCAAGCCUUUCUGCGUUCCAGAGGAGCGUUAAACAAAGAUACUGAUAAUACUACCAAGUCAGGACCCAAUGCAGUGAUGGUCAGGGUAUCGUCAGAGCUUCUAAAGAGCAAACUGCAUCUUUCAGCAACCAGCAGUGCAGAAACAUGCAUGGCUGUGCUGAAAUGGUUGGUAUCACCUGAGGCGAUGGGACAAACGUCAGUACAAAGUCCAGUGAUUUGCGCCUACAGCCCAGACGGAUGCUCUGUCAAGAUUAUGGCCAAAGAGAUAACACUGGGAGAUUUCUGUUCUGAUGGACCUUUUGAAGUCUUGGAGAUUCGAGUGGAAAGUACAUCUGUGGCAGCGGUGUGUGGACUGCAUCAUGCCAUUCUAAGGCGCCUUCAGGUCUUGCUGAGAGACUCAACCGUGAAAUGUGCUCAUGCAAAACAGUUAAAGGCACAGAGUUUGUUUGAAGCCGUACGACAUGUUGAGUCUCUUUAUAAAGACCUUCAGGAUGCUCAAAAUCAAGCAGCACUUAGUGGCACAAUGAAGAUGAAGAGUUCAGAGAUCUUGUUCCCCAUUUUUCUGCAGCUGAGGGCAAAUCCACUGGUCAUUCUUUGAUUGAAGUACA